GAAGGACCAUGUUACGGCGCCAAACCCCAUACUGCAGUAGACCAACCGGCGCGAAAAAGAGGAAAAGAUGAAAAGCAAAGACCUUCAGUAUUAAAUGCCGUAUACGCAUUCUCGGCGCCAAUUCCCGAACCCCAAGUCCAACGAAACCCUUCUCCUUUCUCUUCUUCCGAUCGCCACUCGAGGGUUUCGACUGAUCUUUACGAUAAUGGAUACAUCUAGCCCCGCAGUUUUUGUGAAUGCAGAGCUUCUGAAGAUGUACCAGGGUCGGAGAGUCCGAGCGGUGGUUGAAGUGAUGCGAAAUGAAGGUGGGGUCAUCAUAGGGAAAUCAACUGAUGGGCAUCAGUUAACCGUGAAGGUUUCUCAGGCCUUCCCUCCGUCACAUUUUGUGGAGGUUAUUGGUAUUGCUGAUGGCAAUCAAUCAGUUCGUGCGGAAAUUUGCACUGACUUUGGUGAUACAUUUGAUACCUUAGCAUACAAUGGGCUAUGCCAGCUUGCAAACGGCAAAUUCAAGAACCUCUUCCUCUGAUGAAUUGGGGCUGGACCCGAUUGAAGAAGAUAAGAAUAUGGUCGUUAUGCCUCCUAAUGAUGUAUAAUUCCUUUUAAGGGAUGGUGUCAAGAGCCUGAUUUUGCAGGCAAGAACCUCAUCAACUUGGUUUCAAGUUUUUAAGGCCUCUGGCCAUCUUACUCUUGCAAAGGUUGUUCACAGGGUCCAGCUUGUGCAUACUAUGGCGAUUUAUCUGUUUCUUGAAUUGAGCUUUUCUUUGGUUCUCA